CAGAAUAUAUAAGCCCGCCAGAGGAUCAUCUUCUCAGUUCACUUGGACUCUUCGGUCGAACAGCAAUAUGACUAAUCUCGAGAUCGUGGCGUUGUUCGCGGUGCUCUCGUGCAUCGGAAGUGGCGUCCUGGGUGGACUUCUCCCCGGUGGAGGUGCCGACGGUGGAAACGGAGGGUACCGGUACAACCGGCCCUCUGGAGGAUUCGGUGGUGGCGGUUUUGGCAGAGGCAGACUCGCCGGAGUUCCUGGUGGAGGUGGAUUCCCCGCCGAGCCGGUCGCUGGAGGUGGAGGUGGAAGGUUCGACGGGGGCAGACCUUCUUCGGCAUAUGGAUCUCCUGGUUUCGGAGGUGCUCCAGGAUUCGGGGGAGCAGGAUUCGCAGGCGCUCCAGGGAACAACUUUGGACCUUUCAACGGAGAUUACGGCAGGCCCCAACCGUACAGCUUCCAAUACGAGGUACGCGAUUUUCCUAGCGGAAACGAUUACGCCCAGCAAGAGAGCAGCGAUGGAAACUCCGUUCGAGGGGAGUACAGAGUGUUGUUGCCGGAUUCGAGGACGCAAAUUGUCAGAUACACCGCUGAUGACGUUGCCGGAUACAACGCGGAUGUUCAGUACGAGGGACAGGCCGUCUUUCCGGAGACUGCCGGAUAUCGAGGUGGAGGAGGACCUGGUGGAUACCAAAGAGGAUUUGCUGGAGGAUAUCCAGGAUAUUCGGGUGGUAACGACUUCGGAGGACCUGCAGGAGGAGUCGAAGGUGGUAUCUUCGGGGGUGGAAAUGGUGGAGGAGCCAACAAUCAAUACCUACCCCCGAGCGGGGGUUACGGCAAAUGAUCGAGACCAGAUCGAAAGGCGCGUCUCCUCUCUACGCGCCUCGGCGAUCUUUCUUCGACCGAAGGAACUCCAACGGAAAUAUAUCCACCGUACAUCUCACACCACGUAUACAGGCAUAUUCAUAAGUUGUCAAAACCCGCGCACGUAACAUAUCCGUAAGCAUAUGCAUCCUAGAAGACGAUGAAUACGUUACACCCUGCGGAAGUCAGGGGCCAGAUCCCGGCAGGAAACCGAGUUUUUCGAUCGCAUACAUCUUCCCAAGAGCUUAGUACACCGCAAAUAGGUAUAUAGCGCACGGAGACCCCCCGAGGAAAGUGCACUCGGGUUUUUGCCCCCCUCCCUUCGAUGGAAUAUUUAUGUCACUUUUUGCCGGCUCAUCUGCACGGAACUUUCGACUUUAUCCUCGCAUCGGAGCCUGAUCGUUUCGUCGGCUAUUUCACGCAUUCCCCGUCAUUUCGAUAUCGGACACGCCGUUUGGAUUUGCAGGGGCGUGAGAAAUCGAUCGGUGGUACACGCGAUCCUCGACCCGACACUCGCGAGAGAGCACCGAGAGAAAUUGGCACGUUUCCGCACCGGCCGUGUCGUUGCUUGCGGUGCCAUUCCCCGCAUUCCUACUUUUAAUUAUUAAACG